AGCCCUUUUAUAAUGCUUUGUUUGAUAUUGAAAAAGAAAUUCAACCUGAUUUUAACAGACAGUCCAGUACUGGCAUCAAACAAAUAGAUGAUGAUAUGUUUGCAUUUGAUUGGCAUUCAUAUGAAAGAGUAAAGGAAAUAAUUAAAUCUGAUGAAGAAAUGGAUUAUAAAUUAAUUGAAAGUGAUGAAUCAUUUGAGAGUAAUGAUAAUAAGAUGAAAAUAAUUGAAGAGGAGUAUGAUAUGCCACUUCCUUUUGAGUAA